AUGUCCGACUUCAUCGAGCUGUCCAGUCCCUAUGGCUCCGAGCCCUAUGGGUCUGGGGAUAAACCUCACACCCGACAUUCGAUUCGGUCACUCGGUUCGCUCCAUCACAAGUCGCGUUCCGGCCAGUACAAUCCAAUCCUAACUCCACAGGAAGAGCAGAGCAGCGAUGUCUUCUCGAGGCCCGUGGGUAAAUCGCCGUCGUCCACGGUGUCUCUGCCUCCGAGCAGAGUGGGGAAAUUUGGGACGGACCUGCUCGUCGAAAUCAUCGUCUGUACCUUCGCGGUUCUGGUGUCAGUGCCUUUCAUGUGGUUAGCCAUCACCAUGGCACACUUUGAUCGCCGGAGAGUGACAGAAGCAGAUUCCAAUUACAUCAAACAAGCAACAAGCACGGCGUCGACCCUCUUCACUAUCCUCUUCGCAGCCGUCUUAGGCACGACACUCAAGCGGUUCGCGACAUGGCGGCUCGAGAACGGCGUCAAACUCGGUCUGCUCGAGCAGAUCAUGCAGAGCCGGACGUUUUUCGCAGCUGUCACGACCCAGUUGGCUUUCCCAGCAUUCAACCUCACGGCCUUGAUAUUGCUGGCAAGCUGGGUUUUCUCCCCUCUGGGAUCUCAAGCAUCCCUGCGUCUGGUCAGUACCGGUCGGGACUACACUGCACAGUCCGGAGUAGUCAGCUAUGUCGACACGAUCACCAAUCAGGUCUUCAGCUCGGUUUCAGGAGUCGACUCAUUACUGACUUCACUCAAGCCAAGCUACAUCAGCUCGGUCCUUGGUCCGACCACCAUGAAGAACAGCACGAUGGAUCUUUGGGGUAAUGUUAGAAUACCAUGGCUGCCGGAUAGUCUUGAGAAGGACGCCGAUGGUUGGACAAAGCUGUCUCGGGCGAACAUGACCGAAGGCUCAUUCUCGGCCCUUGUCGGCGUGCCUAUCACGUCUUUGGCGAACCAGAACUCGAGCUUCGUCGUCGAAACGACGUACAUGAAUCUCGAUUGCGACAAGCCGCAAGAUCAGAAGGAGAUCAAUAUCAACUUCAACGUGACGGCUGGGAAUGGCACGUUCCUGGGCCCCAACACGACGGUCAACUCGGAGGAUGCCAUAUAUCCCUUUUGGCAGGUGGCCAUGAACCAAUUUGUCUCUGACGAUUAUUACUUCUACGGAUAUCCGGAAGAGCUGGUUAACCUUACGGAUGUCAACUUACCUCAGGCAACGUUCCUAUUCCAGACUCGUGGCCCGUGGGUGGCAAAGUGCCAGAUCAACCAGAUUUACAUUGAGUCGAACGUGUCAUGUCAGUCGGCGCCGGAUUCCGAACUCCCUGCCUGCGCUGUCACGGCCCAGCGCAAUUCGCCCAAAAAGCAUGCGCCGUCAACCGUGACGACGCUCAGCUUCCCCAGCACGUUCUCCUACCUCACGCAGACAUGGAUUCUUGCAACCGACCCUUUGUUUAGCUCGGGCUACUCCUCCCUGAGCGAGUACUACCUGCAAAACACAUCUGCGGCUUUCAUUCUAAGCGGCAACGGUCGCGACUAUGCCGAUUACUCGGGGGUCACGGCCCGCCAAUUUUCGCAACGACUCGGCCAACUCCUCAACACUUGGGUCCUUUCGAGUCAAGUCUCUGCCGACAUCAUGCAGUAUGGUCUGAAUCACAAGACCACCACGGCGUUUUACCAGGAAGGAUUCGAUGUUUACGUUGUGUCGUGGGCGUGGCUGGGCGUCUACUGCGCAUCGAUUGGGGUGAUGCAGAUUGCAGCGUUCUGCACCAUCUGGUGUGCAUACCACACAACCAUCCCCGAUGUGCUGUCAUUCUGCUCGUCGCUGACCAGAGACUCGACGUACUUUGACUUCGCCAAAGGCGGGAGUGCACUGGAUGGGAUCGUCCGUGCGAGGAUGCUGCGGGACGUUGAAGUCAAACUCGGCGAGGUCGUCGACCCGCGCACUGACAACGGAUUUCGCAGUGACUUUGUCAACGACAUCCCCGACCGCCCUGGCGAGCGGUUGGCGUCGCUGGCUGUAGCGCCAUCGGAGUAUUUGCGCAGCCCGAGACGUGGACUUUUGUAUGCAUAG